UGGCUGACUACAUCUCACUGCAAGAGUGGGAUUUAGAUCAUUUAUGCUUCUGAAUCACUCUAUGGGUGUGCUCACAGGCAACAGUAGAGCCACUAGUGACUUGAGUUUAUUGCUGGAUGACAACCCUUGAGAUCUCUGGUUACAGAGGAAGAAUUACAUACGUCAAGACUCAAGUUAGGUAUUAACCUUUCAGCCCUUUUGUGGAACUUUUGUAGAAUUCUUUGUCAUUCUGUGUAUGCCGAGGUUGUGUGGUCCGCUCUCUGGUGCAGCUUUUGAAAAGCUUUCAUGGCUCAAAGUCCCCAAGAGUCACGUCCUGCAAUUGUCUCUGGGGUGUGUGUGGACCGGGGUCUGUGGAGAAGUAUUUGAGCUGGCCUUGGCAGCAGUGGACCUGUGGUUGUCUUCAGCUAACGUGGAUUGAAGCUGAUCUUCUGCAACCAUGCCUGCAGCUCUGGAGGAGUACUGUGGGUCCAUCUUCUGGAAUGCGUCAUUUCUGGAGACAGAAGAGCCAGACCUCCCUGUGUGUGUGGAACAGACAGUUCUGGUGUGGAUCCCACUGGGACUCCUGUGGCUCUGUGCCCCCUGGCACCUGGCAAGCCUGUUCAGGAGACAGGCAAAAGUGAAACAUCUGUCCAAGCUCUACUUCUGCAAACAGCUCGUGGUGUUUCUGUUGUUCCUGACGGCCGUAGCAGGCUUGGUGGUGACAUUGGUAGAGGAUUAUGGCCCAGCAAGAGACACAGCAGCAGAGAGGAAGGCUGCGGUAUUCUAUGCAAACCCUGUCCUGUUUGCUGUCUCAUGGAUCCUGGUGUUGCUGUGCCAGGAGGGAGUGAGACGGAGGGAUGGAGCAGUAGAUUCUGCCACUCUCUUCCUCUUCUGGCUGUUCCUUGUAAUUUGUGACAUCUUCCCUUUCCAGACCCUUCUACGAGAGGCGCUCAGAGAGGAAAAGAUCAGUGAUGUCCCUCGCUUCUGCCUUUUCUACAUUUCCUUUGGGCUGGAGUUGACUGCACUCAUUCUUUCUGCUCUUGCCGAUGUCCCUCCAGAAGUGGAGAAACUUGGAAAGAAGAAUCCAGAGUUACGAGCAGCAUUUCUGAGCAGAAUAACUUUCAACUGGUUUAACAGCAUGGUGAUAAAAGGCUACAAGCGGCCCCUGGUGCAGGAGGACUUGUGGGAUCUGAAUGAGGCUGACAGCACUGGUUACAUCAACCAGCUCUUCCAGAGCACCAUGCAGUCAGAGCUGCAUGCUGCCCGGAUCCGGUUCCAAAACAGUUUGAAGAAGCCAGCAUGCAGGAACAGAGACAGCGUCCAGGAAGAGGGCAUUCAGAAUGGCCUUUCCAAUGGCCUGGGGAAAGGUGUCAGUCAGGAUGUACUUAUGAUGGAGGAAAAAGGGAAAAACAAAGACAAGAAGGAGAAAAAGAAUAAAAAGAAGGAAGAAGAGAACUAUCCUACUUCAUGGCUCAUUCCAACCAUUUACAAGACCUUCAAAUGGGUUCUGAUUGAAUCAGCCAUCUUCAAACUAAUACAGGACCUGCUGUCUUUCGCCAGCCCUCAGCUCCUGAAAAUGAUGGUCUCCUUUGCUGAUGACAAAUCCAUUUACACUUGGAAAGGCUACAUAUAUGCGCUGCUGCUGCUAGUGGUGGCCAUUCUACAGUCUUUGUGCCUGCAGCAGUACUUCCAGCGUUGCUUUGUGCUCGGGAUGAAGGUCCGCACUGCUAUCAUGGCUGCUGUUUACAAAAAGUCCUUGGUGGUGUCUAAUGACGCUCGUAAAGAGUCAACAGUUGGGGAGACAGUGAACCUGAUGUCAGCAGAUGCCCAACGUUUCAACGAUGUGACCAACUUCAUCCACUUGUUGUGGUCCUGCCCUCUGCAGAUAGCUCUUGCAAUUGUUUUCUUGUGGUUUGAGCUGGGGCCUUCUGUACUGGCUGGCCUAGCAGUCAUGGUGCUCAUGGUGCCAGUCAAUGGACUGCUAGCCACAAAGGCCAGAAACAUCCAGAUUGAGAACAUGAAGUUCAAAGACAGGAGAAUGAAAAUCAUGAACGAAAUAUUAAAUGGAAUUAAGAUUCUGAAGCUGUAUGCAUGGGAGCUGUCCUUCCAGAAGCAGGUGGGGGACAUUAGGGAGGACGAACUGAAAGUCAUGAGGAAUUUUGCUUACCUCACCUCCGUCUCGACCUUCAUCUUCACCUGUGCUCCAGCUCUGGUCUCUCUGGUCUCCUUUGCAGUGUUUGUGGGCGUGAGCCCAGAUAACAUACUGAACGCUGAGAAAGCUUUCACAGCCAUCUCUCUCUUCAAUAUUCUUCGCUUCCCCCUUGCCAUGCUGCCCAUGCUCAUUGCUGCAAUGGUGCAAAUGACGGUGUCUAGGAAGCGCCUGGAGAAGUUUCUGGGAGGUGACGACCUUGACAGUAACUGUGUGCGCCAUGACACCAGUUUCAAUACUGCUGUUAGUGUGUGUGAUGGCACAUUUGCUUGGGAGAGAGACGCUGAGGCUGUGCUGAAAAAUGUGUCUUUGGACAUCAAACCUGGCCGGCUGGUAGCAGUAGUCGGAGCAGUUGGCUCUGGGAAAUCCUCUCUCAUGUCAGCUCUCCUGGGAGAGAUGCACAAUACCAAAGGUUUUGUCAACAUCCAGGGUUCACUUGCCUUUGUGCCCCAGCAAGCCUGGAUCCAAAACGCCACUCUGAAGGACAAUAUCCUUUUUGGCUCCCCCUAUGAGGAAAGGCAGUUCCAGGAGGUGAUACAGGCCUGUGCUCUGGCCCCUGACCUGGAGCUCCUGGGAGCAGGAGAACUCACUGAGAUUGGGGAGAAGGGUAUCAACCUGUCUGGGGGUCAGAAGCAGCGUGUGAGCUUGGCAAGGGCAGCUUACAGCCAGUCUGAUAUUUACCUGUUAGAUGACCCUCUUUCUGCUGUGGACUCUCAUGUGGGCAAGCAUCUCUUCAGUGAGGUGAUAGGACCCAAUGGACUUCUCAAAGACAAGACCCGCAUCCUGGUGACUCAUGGGGUAAGCUUCCUGCCCUAUGUAGAUGAAAUAGUGGUCCUAGUGGAUGGAGUGGUGUCUGAGAUAGGGACCUACCAGAGCCUCCGAGCCAGCAGGGGAGCUUUCUCCGAGUUCCUGGACACGUACGCCCAAGAGCAACACAACAAGAACCAGACAGAGACAGAGCAUGGCCUGGACACUGCAGAGUUGGAGCUCAUUCCUGAAGUAGAGGACACUCAAGCCGAUUCUCCUUUGGAGGAUGUGGUGUCUGUCACACUGAAGAGAGAGACCAGCAUCCGCCGCAGCCAGCGCAAGGGCAGUGUCAGGCUAAGAAAAAAUAGUUCCAUUAAAAAAGCAGCAGAUGUGGAUGAGUCAAAGAAAGGCCAGAGACUGAUAGAGAAGGAAACUAUGGAAACAGGACGGGUGAAGUUGUCCGUGUACCUCCAGUACCUGCGUGCUAUGGGCUGGGGAUACUCCACCAUGGCCAUAUUGGUUUACAUCAUGCAGAGUGUUGCUUUCACCUUCCAGAACAUAUGGUUAAGUGAAUGGACUAAUGACGCAAAGGAAUACUACAACCAGACCUACCCUACCUGGAAAAGGGACACCAGGGUAGGGGUGUUCGGAGCCCUGGGAGUGGCCCAGGGCAUCUUUGUGUUCAUUGCAAGCUUGCUCUUAGCAAAUGGUGCAGUGGCUGCAUCUCGUAUCCUGCACUCAAGGCUGCUGAACAACAUACUCCGAGCUCCCAUGGUCUUCUUUGACACCACACCCACUGGAAGGGUGGUCAACCGCUUUGCAAAGGACAUCUUCACAGUGGAUGAAGCCAUUCCACAGUCCUUAAAAUCCUGGCUACUCUGUCUAAUUGGUGUGCUGGCUACACUGUUUGUCAUCUGUCUGGCCACACCUUUAUUCACCAUCAUCAUCAUCCCUCUGGCUGUGGUCUACUACUUUGUACAGUGUUUCUACGUAGCGACCUCCAGGCAGCUGCGGCGGCUGGACUCAGUGUCUCGCUCUCCCAUCUACUCCCACUUUGGUGAGACUGUGUCUGGUCUGUCAGUGAUCAGAGCCUACGGGCAUCAGGAAAGGUUCCUGAAACACAAUGAAGUGACCAUUGAUGAAAACCUCAAGUCUGUCUACCCAUGGAUAGUGUCAAACAGAUGGCUCGCCAUCCGUCUGGAGUUCCUGGGGAACCUGGUGGUGUUUUUCUCUUCUCUGUUUGCAGUCAUCUCCAGAAAUUCAUUGAACAGCGGCCUUGUUGGAUUGUCUAUAUCCUACGCCCUCAAUGUAACCCAAACCCUCAACUGGCUGGUGAGAAUGACCUCAGAGCUGGAGACCAAUAUUGUAGCUGUGGAGAGAGUCAGUGAAUACACAGAGAUUGAAAGUGAGGCUGAGUGGGUGACUGACAUCCAGCCUCCAGAGCAGUGGCCUGAUGCAGGAAGGCUGCAGUUUGAAAACUACAAGGUCCGCUACAGACCCGAGUUAGACCUGGUGCUGCAUGGGAUCACCUGUGACAUCGACACCACUGAGAAGAUUGGUAUAGUGGGCCGCACUGGAGCUGGGAAGUCAAGCCUGACAAACUGCCUGUUCAGAAUCAUUGAGGCUGCUGAAGGUCGUAUCUUUAUCGAUGGAGUAGAUAUUUCCACAAUAGGUCUGCAUCACCUGAGAGGCAGGCUCACUAUCAUACCACAGGACCCGGUGUUGUUCUCUGGGAGUCUGAGAUUGAACCUGGAUCCAUUUGAGACAUUCAGUGAUGAGGAGAUAUGGCGAGCACUGGAGCUCUCCCAUCUUAAGGAUUAUGUAUCAGGACUCCAGGAAGGAUUACAACAUGAAGUCACAGAGGGAGGAGAAAACCUCAGUGUUGGCCAGAGGCAGCUACUUUGUCUGGCCCGGGCCCUGCUUAGGAAGUCUCGUAUCUUAAUCCUGGAUGAGGCCACAGCAGCCGUGGACCUGGAGACGGACAACCUGAUUCAGACCACCAUCCGUAAAGAAUUUUCCCACUGCACUGUCCUCACCAUCGCCCACCGCCUGCACAGCAUUAUGGAUAGCUCCAGGGUAAUGGUACUCAGUGCCGGAAAAAUCGUGGAGUUUGAUUCCCCCAGCAACCUGAUUGAAAAGCAAGGCCACUUCUACGCCAUGGCAAAGGAUGCAGGGAUAACAGCAGUAGACUGCACAGCGCUUUAAUUGUAUAGAUUGCUUUACUGUGUUGGAGGAUUAUGCUCCCACACCCAGGAGAUGAAGAAAUUUGCAUCUGUGAUUUGAUUUUAUUUUUUUAAAGACCGAAUUGUGCUAUGAUACAAAUCAUCGUGACAAUUGUAUUUAUAGAAUCUAAAUGAUGAAAUUAUAUUCUGUGUGUAAAUAAAAUUUUUGUAUGUAAACAAUAAACA